AUGAUUAUAAAAGGCUAGAAAGCCACAGUAAGUUCUCAUAAUAGAGGAGCUUCACUUAAUAACUCACUUACUACUAAGUAUGGAGGUGAGAAUCGACACUAUCCUGGUUUGAUUUAGCCCAAUAACCAAAUUAAGAUGGCUUAGAUUUUUGACAAUCAAAUGAUGAAGCAAGAGAAUUUCGAUGGUUCGUAUAAUAGUUCAACUAAUAAACAGUAUUUCGAAAGACCUUCUUCGUAACCGAAUGGAGAUCUUUAGAAUAAAAUUGAUCCAGAUCCGAAUGCCAUAGAUCAAUUUAAGUUACUCCAUCAAACCUAAGACAACACUCAAGUCAAUUUAGCUACAAUGGAAAAUUCUAUACCAAAUAAGCUUGGGUAUAAUAAUCAAAAUACAAUCAAUUUCCCAUAACUGAUACCUUAUAACAGUAGCAAUAAUUCAAUUUUAUUGCCUACUAGCUAAAACAUGCAAAGCAACAUAAAUGGAAUAGGGCCAGGGGGAUUUGAAAUGGGCUCAUUUUUUAGCAAUAGCAAUAUAAAUGACGUGCAUGUUAAUUUCAAUCACAAUAAAAACAUUCCUCCAGCUAUUAGCAAUAACAAUGUCACCGCUAACAACAACUAGAAUUAGGGAGGUAGUCCAAAAAUGAUGGACAAGGAUAUCAUUUAAGGAAUUUUGAAUAGUGAUUUUAAUAUUCUUACAACAAACCAAUCAAAUAAUCAAACUUAGCAUUUUGAAUUCUCUCCUGAUAACACCUAGUACACUAUUUUGAAGGCAAAACUAUUCAACCCUAACAUCAAGGAUGAGGGGACUUCUAUGUCAACCAAGGCUAUAGCUGGUGGUAAACAACCGGAGACUAUCACUUCUCCUAUCAAGAAUUCCUUAAUUCAUUCUUAGCAAUUUCAUGUACAGCAGAGUCUAUAUAAUCAAGGUAUUCAGCAGCAUUAAAAUAACAACAAUAUUUAGUAUCCUCAGAACAGCACAAACAUCUAACCUCUAGGAAUAAUAAACAAGCAAUAGACCAUGCCAGCAAUAUUUAAUAAGAAUCCAUCAAAUUCCUAGAUAAUCUCUCUUAAAUCUAAGCAAGGAGAUUUGGCGAAGUAAAUCAGGCAUAAGAAGGAUAUGCAUAAAUUAAAGUUUUAUCAAACUUUGACAAAUUAACCGAAUAUGAUAACUACUAACCCAACUACAAAGUAAGUAAUAAGCCAAAGUAUACAGUCUGCUGGAAUCGGUGGAGGCGCAUAUACUAAUCUUAACAAUAGCAUGCCUCAAUCAUCUUCUCAUCAGGCAAGAAACUCUCUUAUUUAGAAUGCAGCUAGUAUUCGAACUUAGGCAAGGUAAUAAUAAUCCCUGCAGUAAAAUUCAACUGAGUCUCAACGUAAAAACACUUAAGAAUAGUUAUUAUCAUAAAGAAAAGAGAAUAGAACAAGGUCUGGGUAAAAUAUCCAAACAGCAGGUGCUGUAACCGGAGCAUCAAAUCCCUACAUAAACAUCUAGAAUCAGUUUACUUUUGCUGAUGCUACAAAAAUAAACAGUAAUGGGGGUAACUCCAAUAGGCCUCUUACUACUACAAAUCCAUAUUAGUAAUAUAAGAGCACUUACAAUAAAACUAACCCAAUCAUGAAUAACAGUAUUUACGGAAGAGAUCUUUCUCCCAUUGAAUAGUCAAAUAAUAACAAAAGAGCUGAAACACUUGGACCAGAUGGAGUUUCUCACAAUGCUGGAAGCUAUGGAGGUCAAACUUAAAUUGGACUUGGAGGGGGAGAUGUAUAAACACAACUAACUCACAAUGAAAAAUCUUAUACUUAGCUGUUGAGUGAUAAUUCUAGAGAGAAUUAUAUGCUAAGAUCAAAUAUGAAUAGCAAAGAAAAUAUUCAAAAUAAUACUAGUGAAUUUGGAAAGGAAGCUUCAUAAAAUUCAAACAAAAAAGGCAGAAAUUAAUCUAUUGACAAUAACUACACAAAUCUUAAGGAUAGUUUGUUGCAGGAGACUGUAAAGCAGAAUGAAUUACAAAUGAACAGCACAAGAAGAAGAUAAAUGAUAAGUAUUGAGAAAGUUGAGAAAAAGAGGAUGCUAAGUGAAAGCUAAGAAUAAGUGCCGAUGGGAUCAGUAAUAUCUCAUAAUCAAAAUGAUAUUCCACAUAACUUUUCUAUGGCAAUACCACUUGAUGAUAAUUAAAACAUGCAUAAUCACUCAACCUCUUACCCUAAUUAAGGGUCCACUUCAAAUUACAAUAAUGGGCAGAGAAGAAAGACUUUAUAAAAUGACAACAUGAGCAUGGACUUGUCCACCCAUUAACCAUCAAGAGCUAUUUAAAAUCUUAUAAUCAAAAAGUGUGAAUUUAAGAAUAGACCAGACCCAUCUAAUAACAAGACUCAGUUUUACUCAAUGCAGAGAAAUUCUCUUAAAAUCAUGAGAAAUAUGGAAAAGAUUAAGAAACUCGAGUAGGAUUUGAGUUUAGAUCAUAUAGGAGCAAAGAUAUACUAAGGAGGAGUUGAACUCUACAAGGCAGAAUCAUAGUUAAUUCUAAGAGAGAAAAAAUCCCUCCCAAUUCAUCAGAAGGAAAAAUAGCAUAAACAUGACCAUCAUAAAGCUUGUUAAAGAUUUUUGGAUAGAGGGAAUAACCCUGUGCCACCAAAAUAUGAAGAGCAAGAUGUUCUACCAUAGAUAGAUCACAGUAGAGAAGUGACUAGUCAAUUUUAAUAUAGAAGUUCAUCAAAGAACAAGCAUUAUAGUAGAUAGGUUAUGUAAUUUGGGAAGUAGCAAAUCUUAGGUGGAGUUGGAGGGACCAUCUCUGGCUUUAAUUUUGAUGAAUUUGACGAAGAAAUUAAUGGUAUUAAUCUUGGCAAAUUGUUCAGUAUAUAUGGCCCUAAUAGUGUCGAAAGCAAGAAAUAGCAAAGAAGGACCAAUAACUAAUUAUCUGAUCUUAGGCAUUCUAAUAGAGAAGGGUUAAGAAGCGGGCGAUCUACUAGCUUAAAUAAUAAUAGAAAUUAGAAAAAAGAGCUAGAUUCAACAUUUCCUUAACUAAAGGACAUCAAUAACACUUUCUCCGAAUUGGAAAGAAGCAAAGAUGACUUUUAUUAAAACGAUGAGCCAAUUGUGAUUAGAUUAAUGGCAAAUAUUUUUAGUAAGAAGAAAUCUGUAAAGGAGAGACUAGCUAUGCUCCCUAACAUCUCUCUUGAAAAGUUAAGAUAAGAGAUAAAGAAGAUGACAAUGGAGGAAAAAGUAUAUCUGCAGAAACUCAGUCGAGAUAAAUUUUUAAAGGAAAGGUAGCAGCUAUGUGAAAAGCUAUUUAAACAUUUCCCUUAAGAGGAAAAUAACUUUGAAAAGGAAUACAGCAAGAUUUAUGCUGAUUUGGAAUUGCAGUAGAUUGACAAAACAAAGCAAAAUCCCUUUUAUUAUGCAUUAAAGGCAAACAAGGAUUAGAGAGAGAAAAUGAAGCUGCUCAGAAAACUUAAGCUUGAGGAAGAAGAUAGAUUGAAAGAAAGAAAAAUGGUAGAAGAUGAGCUUCGAAGGAAAGCCAAGGAAAAAGAUAAAACCGAAAUAUUUUCUCAUACUUUUGUGGAUUAUGAAGAUUAAAGCAAUUUAAAUACUCAAGGCUAAGAAUACAAAGGGGAUAUUAUGAAUAGACCAGCCAAAGAUGUAUUUAGUUUUAUGAAUUUAAAUUUUGAACUGCCAGUGACUUACUAUCAAGCAUUCGGUGAUUUCAAUCUUCCAACAGAAAAUCAAAAAUAAAUCAUAAAAAAUUUUAUGCUAGGUCAUUGGCCUUAGAUGAGAAACAAAAAAGUUAAUUUUAAGAUCGCAUUUGACACCAUUAAACAGGUUUUCAAUGUAAUCUUAUUAGGCAAGAAUUGUCCUCUCAGUAAAUGCUGCAAAAUGACAGUUAAUUUCUAAUUUGACAAGGAUAUUGGCGGAAAAGUUAUAUGCAUGGAAACAUUGUGCCCUUAUAACCCACUUGACUAAUUCUUCAUAGAUCUAGAAAGUAUUGAAGAAUUGUUUUCAGAAAAUCAGAGAUAAUUGAUGCAAGUUCAAUCAGACUUGAUGAUAUAAUAGAUGGACUAGUAGAUGCAGAAGCCUAGAGUUAAAAAAGCAUUGGCAUCAGAGGUAUCAAAAUCAAUCCAAAAAGGAAUAUACAAAAAUAAGUCCUUAAGAGAGGUGCUUCUAAGCAGACAAGCUUAGGGAAUAUUAAAUCCAAGAAGAAAAAGAAAGCCUAUUACAGACUUUGUUAGUUAAUUUUUCAGUGAUGACGGAGGAGAAUACUCUCAAUAUCAGCCAAUGAUGGAUGAUUAAGAUCAUGAUGAUCACUAUAAAGUUAAUGGAGAUCGCACCAUUGAGGAGGCAGAGGAUGAGGGAAAUAACACUUGGGCUGAUAUUACUCCUGUUAAACAGUAUGACACCCCUACAGGUGAAGCACCAAUCUGUCCUAUUUAGUAUCUUCCAAACUAUGUAGAAGUAAUGGGCUAUUUUAGAGCUAUCCUAGUCAAGAAAGAAUUGAGUCUGAGAGCAUUAGAAUUGACAGCUGAUGUUUUGAGAUUCAAUCCAGGAGAUUAUGAUGCUUGGGCACUUAGAAGGAAAAUUAUAGAUGAACUCAAAUUGCCGCUUAGGGAAGAAUUAGAAUUCUUAACAGAAAUUGGUUUAUAUCUUGAGAAAAACUUCUAAAUUUGGCAUCAUAGAAGAUGCAUAAUGGAGUAAGAUUUUAGAGAGGAGAAAGAAUUCCUAGAUGAAGUAUAUUAGUCUGAUUCUAAGAACUAUCAUGCCUGGUCUUAUAAGCUUUGGCUUUUUGAGAGAUUUAAUCUUUUGGAUGAGUAUGAAUGGGAAUGGGUUGAUGAAGAGCUCACAGAUGAGGUCACUAAUAAUACCCUAUGGUCAUAUAGAUACUUUCUCUUCACUAAAACAAAGCCAUUUACUCAGCAAAAUAUCAAGGAAGAAUUAGAAUACACUUUAAAGAAAUUAGACAUAGAUCUUGCAAAUGAGGCAGCGUGGGUAUAUCUUAGAGGUUAUUUGGCUAUCUCAGAGUAAGAGGCUCAUUAAUCCUAAAGUACUAAUGCUAAGAGAUGGUUUAUUUUGGAUUUUCCAUUUCUUAAAGAAAUAAUGCAUGCACUAUUAGAUAAAAGUGAUUUUAACAAAGGAAAUAGAUUUAUUUACAUGGUUUUGAUUGAUUUUGCAGUGGCUGAAAAAGACAAAGACACACAAGUCAAAUACUUGAAUCUACUGAAGAAGACUGACAGAAUGAGAGAAAACUACUAUCAAUGGAGAAUAAAUUAACUUGCUUCUCAGUGA